GGUCCCGGCGACAGGGACAAACAUGGCGGCGGUGAGCGCAGCUGGUCGCCUAUUCCGACAUUAAAGCGUGUUGUUGGAUCCUCGCUCGGGGCAGCGCCUUCAGGGGAGAGUUGUGGAAAAGCGCCGGCUCGGAGUUUCCUGGACACCAGGAGCAGAAUGAGUGCGGAAGCAGCUGAUCGGGAGGCAGUAACUUCCAGUCGACCCUGCACUCCACCUCAGACCAUCUGGUUUGAGUUUUUAUUGGACGAAGGAUUGCUGGAAAAACACCUACAAAAAUCUUACCCAGACCCAUCACCGAUUCAGCUGAUAACGCAGUUUUUGGAGCAGGCCUCCAAACCGUCUGUAAAUGAACAGAACCAAGUCCACCCGCCGAGUGAAAAUAAAAGGAAUCGGACACUGAAGCUCCUUGCUCUCAAAGUAGCCGCACACUUGAAAUGGGAUUUAGAGUUGUUAGAGAAAAGUUUGACAGUGCCCGUGCUGAAUAUGCUUCUGAAUGAGCUGCUCUGUAUCAGCAAGGUCCCUCCAGGUGUAAAGCACGUUGACCUAGACUUGGGCAGCCUGCCUCCAACCACCACCAUGGCUAUUCUGGUGUAUAACAGAUGGGCAGUUAGAACAACUGUUCAGAGCAGCUUUCCAGUGAAACAACAAAAACCAGGGCCUCCGCAGUUAAAUAUAAUGAGUCAGUUGCAGCAAGAAAAAGAAGUGACAGAUAACAUUUUAAAAGUGCUGAAGGAGCAGGCUGGAGACUCCAUUCUGGUUUUAGAGAGAGCACUGCAGUUGACGACAGAUCUGUCUGUACAUACAAUGAAUACACUGGACCAGAUGGUUGGAGAAUCCUGCCUAACAAACGGAGACACGGAGAGUUCAACAGCUGGUCUGCGAAUCAGUACGGAUGAAAUGCAUUGCCAGGUUUGCUAUGAUCUGGGCACAGUGUUCUUCAGUCAAGGCUCUUCAAAUCCACCUGUCUAUGAAAAAGCUAAGGAACAUUUCUUCAAAACAAGUGAACUGCUCUCAAAGAUCGGAGCUGAGCCCGUUCACUGUCGGAUUGACCAGAAAAGAUUUGAUGGUUACUGCCAAGCUUGUGCAGUGCUAACAGUCCCGUCGGAUGUAAAUGAGCUGCAGCUGACAACGUAUGGCCGGGUUCAUCAUUGCAUCAAAUCCAAUAACUAUCAGGGAUUAAUUGAGAUUUUCCUCAAUGACAACGUUACCUUGAGUUUGUUACCCCACUUCAGACAGUCUGUCCUGAGAGAGCUUUCUCAGAUGGCUCAAAAUGGAGAUAGAAACUUAGAAGAGGUUUGCUGUAAAAUCUGUAUAUGCAAUACCAUUCGAGAUGUCCUGGAGCAGCAGAUGAUUGGAGUACGGUUCCAUCAACUAAUGCUGAAGCCGACCAAAGAAAGAAUCGACUUCCUGCUGGAGACAUGUGUACGGUCAUUAAACCUGGAUCAAGCUUCAGAAGACUCUAAACGAAAUGUUGCUGCUUUCUUAAAGAAUCUGUGCCAAAGUUUGGAUGAGCCCCAGUUUGUUUUCAUGAUUACUUCACAUGACUUGUGCAUUAAAUUGCUGAUGGAUGAAGAACGAAAACAGAUAGUUGAUCAAAUAAAAAAGCGAUCUUCUCGUGUUAAGUUCUCUGCUAAACCUUUGACCGUUUUCUAUGAUAUACCAGCAUCACCCAGUGUCAGUAUUGGUCAGUUGGAACACCAGCUCAUCUUAACAGUUGACCCAGGGAGGAUUCGACAGAUUUUGAUUGAACUACAUGGGAUGACAUCAGAUCGGCAAUUCUGGACGGUUUCCAAUAAGUGGGAAGUGCCAACGGUUUAUGGUGGAGUUAUUCUUGGAAUUAAGGAUAAUCUGACCAGGGAUUUGGUAUACAUACUGAUGGCUAAAGGUCAACAUUGCAUUAUGAUCAAGGAUUUUGCCCAUGCAAGGCAGCUCUAUUCUACCUGCCUCGAACUGGUUACAGAAUUUUCCCCAAAACUCCGGCAGGUUAUGCUCAAUGAGAUGUUACUCUUGGAAAUCUCUGCCCACAAAGCAGAGACAGAAAGUCCAGGAGAACGCCCACCAGCUGACCUUGUGAGCCGCGUUCGAGGUUACCUUGAGAUGAGACUACCAGACAUCCCAUUGCGACAAAUUAUAACAGAAGAGUGUGUAGCCUUCAUGUUGAACUGGAAGGAGCACGAAUAUCUCACACUUCAAAUUCCUGCACCCCUGACCCAGAACAAUCCAUUUGUGAAGCUGGGACAACUCUUGGCUGCAACUUGCAAAGAGCUACCUGGCCCAAAAGAAAGCAGAAGAACUGCUAAAGACCUUUGGGACGUAGUUGUUCAAAUCUUCUGUUUAUCUAGUCAGCACAAACGGGUUAAUGAUGGAAGAAGCAAUUUAAUAAAAUACCGAGAAUCCACGCUGGGGAUCAUGAAGAGGAGCGAGCUGGUAACAUUCAUUAAGAGAAUGAGUGAUCCAUUGGUGCUUACAAUAUUAAUCUCCCUCUUUGUGAAGUUACACAAUAUUGUUCGGGAUGACAUUGUAAAUGACGUCACUGCCGAGUACAUGUCCAUUUGGCCAAUGUCCGUCCCAAACUUGCAGUCGGUGGAUGUUGAGGCAGUUGCUGUCACAAUGAGGGAGAUGGUCAGUUAUUCAUUAAACAUCAACUCCAAUAACCACUGUUGGUUAGCUACCCAGGCAGAUAUUUACUUCGCAACCGAUCAGUUUUCUGCAGCCCUGCACUUCUACCUUCAAGCUGGUGCUAUUUGUUCAGACUUCUUCAAUAAGUGCGUUCCUUCCGAUGUGUACACAGACAUGGUGCUGAAGAGAAUGAUCAAAUGUUGUUCAAUGUUAAACUGCCACACACAAGUUGCAAUAUUGUGUCAGUUCCUCAGAGAGGUGGAUUAUAUGACUGCUUUCAAGGCUUUGCAAGAACAAAACAGUCAUGACGCAAUGGAUUCCUAUUAUGAUUAUAUCUGGGACAUCACCAUCUUAGAAUACUUGACACACAUCCAUCACAAAAGAGGGGAAACAGACAAACGGCAAAUAGCAAUUAAAGCCAUUGGACAAGCAGAGCUGAACUCCAGUAAUCCCGAGGAGGUGUUGCAGUUAGCAGCUCAGAAGAGAAAAAAGAAGUUCCUGCAAGCGAUGGCAAAACUUUACUUCUGACUGUUAAUUGACUUUUGAAGCAGGCACCUGUUCAGGCACUUCCAGCGUUUGACCGAUAACACUGCUCGUUUAACCAGUUUGUUAAAUUUCAUAAUAAAAUAAUGC